GUUUGUUUACAAGUUUAAAAAAUUGAUUCUUUUGUAAAAGUGUUUUAAGUUAGAUAUUUUACUUGUUAUGGGGGCCCCGGGCCAAGGAGGUAGACAUGGAGCGGCGCCGGCCGGCCUUCCUACGCUCCCACCCCAAGUCCAGAGAUACUAGUAGAUCCUCGCUGAGGAUGGAGAAGGAGGAUGGCUCGGAGUCCCUGGCGAGGCAGAACCAGGACCUGCGGCGGCGUCUGGAGGAGGAGACUGCCAACUACAAGCGCCGCCUGGACACGUACAGACAGGCGCAGAGGCACCAAGCCACUUUGGUCAGCCGCCUCCAAAACAAGGUGGUCCAGUACAAAAAGCGAUGUGAAGAGUUGGAGAGUCAUAUGGACGAUGAUGCUGUGACAUUCGCGCCAGAGACACCGGGCCGAGUGUACACGACACCGGGUUCGGCGCUGGACGCAGCACAACAACAUUUACGAGAGAUGCGGGACAGGGACGAGCGGAUACACGACCUGGACACGGCCCUACGCCGGCUGGAGGACGAGCGCCGCAAAUGUGAGAAGCUGAUAUCAGUCAAUGAGGCAUUGAGAGAUCAACUGAGAGAGGCUCAUGAGAGUAAUGAGGCUCUGACCAACGACCUGCAGAAGCUGACCAUGGACUGGGACCAGAUGAGGGAGGAGGUUGUAGCUAAGGAGGAGGAAUGGAAGGAAGAAGAGCAGUAUUUCAACGAAUACUACUCGAUGGAGCACAAUCGACUGUUGAACCUCUGGCGUGACGUGGUGGCUGUGAAGAGACAGUUCUCUGAGAUGCAGACGGCCACGGAGAGAGAUCUCAACAAGAUGAGGGGAGAGAUAUCAGCCACCACAAGAGAGAUGGUGGUAGCAGCCGGGGGCAUCAGCAGUAGAGUCAGUCUAUCUAGUGUGGCUGGGGAGAAGCAGCAACAGCAGGCAGCCAUAGAGUGUGCAGAGUUGCGCGCACAAAUACACGCUCUGCGGGCUGAACAUGAGAACACCGUUGGACAGGUGCGCAACAAGGAAGACCACAUCCAGCAACUUACCAGGGAACUGCAGCAGUUGGAGGAGAGGUGUGCUGCUGCGGAGGCUGGUGUAGGACAGGUAGCCAGGAUGCAGGAGGAGGUAGAUCUGCUGCAGAAUGCUCUGAGAGACAUCGCCACCGCAGUCAUACAAGACUCUGAGGGUAGAGAUCCCGAACCUCAGCCAACACCUCAUGUACACCUGACACCAUCACAGGCUGUGCCUCCCAGAUCACCCAAGCGUGGAGCAUUGCGAACUUCCCCAGCAUUUGCAGAAAGCACUAUUUCAGCUGUCCAAGCAGCCUUGCAUAGAUACCAACUGCAGAUCCACGAGCUACAGGUUAAGCUGCAAGCCAGCAAGGAGCAGCUGUCCAUGUCCAAGAGACAGGCAGAGAGCUGUGAGGAGACGACAAAGACACUGGAGGUUCGUGUGGCGGAGUUGACGUCUCAACUGGACGCUACCAGAGCACAGGUCACGCAGCUACACACAGAGAAGGAGAUGUUGGUCAAGUCCCUGGACUCUGCGCGCGCAGAGAAGAAUGCACUGGACAAGAACAGGCUGGAGAUCAAUACAAUGCUUGAGACACUGAGUGCAGACUAUGAGAAGGUCCAAAAAGCAAACUCUCGUCUUCAAAAACUAGUGGAAACACUUGAAGAUGAAAAGGUUUACUUACAAAACGAAAUGGACAAACUGAUGAAGGAUUCUGAAAUAAGAGAGAUGGCACUGAGGUCAGAGGAGGACAGAUGCAGCAGACUGAGGGAAGAGCUUCUGACAGUGAGGGAGGAUCUCAACAAGGCGUACCUGGCCAAGGACAUGCUGGAGCAACACAAGGCUGAGGCUGAGAUACUGCUGGCUCAGGUGGAGAAGAGCAGAGGGGAAGUGGAACUAGAGCUGGAGAGAGUGUUACUGGAGCGCUCGGAUGUUCAUGAGUCUCUUUCCAAAACUGAGAGCCUUGUUAACUCUCUUGAACAGGACAAGAAAAAACUGAUUGACGACGUCAGACGGCUUGAGCAGGAGAAGGCAGCUCUGCAGAGUCAGGUGGUUGACCAGAACAACGACCUCGGCUCUCUGCGCAAGGAGCUGCUGACGGCUGAACAGACACGGCUAGACCUCGACUCUGAGAAAGUCUCACUCCACGAAAAACUCAAGUUCCUGGAGAUCGAGAAAGAGAAAGUAGAGUUAGAGCUAGCACAGAUGUCCAGAGACAGGGGAGACCUGAGCAAUCAGUUGUCCAUCAUGGCUCGCAAGAAGGAAAGCCUAAAUGAGGAAGUGAUGAGGAUACGGCAGCGGCUAGAGCAAGCCAAUGAGAUGAACUCUCGUAUCAACCGCAAUCUGGAGGACCUAGUCAAGGAUUGCGAGGAAAAACAGGUUAUGCUAGAAGCAAAUGACAAGGAGUUACAACGUCUUCAAGAACAAUUGGCUUCAAUGCGAGCAGAAAAAGAAGCUCUGGAAGGAGUUCUCUUUGAUACUCAAUCAAACCUGGAAGCAACUGAAAACAAGAGGGCUCAGUUGGAAAAGGAACAACAAGAUCUACUUAUUAAACAGGAAACUCUGAAGGGGCAGAUUUGUCGACUGAACAAAGAGUUGGAGAACAGCGAUCGAAGAGCGAGAGAGAUGAAAGCCACGUUGACUCAACAGUUAGCUCUGAUGGAGGCAGAAUGUCAGCAGACAAUAGCAAACCUGCGUAAACACAACGAAGACUGCAUUAUCAGACUGACAGAUGAGAAGGAACAGGUGAGAAUCAGCUUGGAAAAGCGUUUACAAGCCACAGUUUCUCAGCUCGGGUCAGAGAAGGACGGAGAGAUUCAACAGCUUCAGGAACGAAUAAGAGCGUUAGAACAACACAUUGAGAACAUCUGCCAACAGCACGAAGAAGCUUUGGUGCGUGCUGAGAACGAUAAACAGCAGGCUCUGCUCAUCGCUCAACAUGACCAGCAAGCUCUGCAAGAGAAGUUUUGCGGUUUGAAGCGAGAACUUGAGGAGGAACGAAGUCAGGCAGAGCGGGCCCGACGUGAAGCAUUGGCUCGUAUUGAGCAAGAUCGAGCAAGCAUCAACACAUUGAGGGACGAACUAGCUAGAGUCAAAGCCAGGAUGGAAGAGUCUAGAGGCAAAGCUGAAGAGGAGAAAGCCAGAUUGGAGAACAAAAUUGAGGAAAUCCGCAAGGAAAGAGAUCUCGUGCUGCAAGAAAGUGAGGAGUUGAAAGUUCAACUGCAUCUGUUGGAGGACAGAUUUGAUCACCUGCAGGCUCAGUUGCAUGAGACCCAGAGGAGAUUGAAGGAGGCGGAGAACUUAGGAGAGUCAUUGCGCAAGGAGUUGAUGGAUGUCCGACGCCAACUGGGAGAUGCAACAUAUGAGAAGGAGAAGUACAACACAAGCAACAAGGAGCUGCGAGAGACGAUCAAACGCUCCGAGGGUGAGAAGCGUGAACAGGCUCGCACACUGGAGGAGGCCUUCCAGAAGAUUUCAUCCCUGGAAGACAGCCGGACUGGAUUGGAAGUUGAGCGUGCCAGACUGCAAACUCUGAAUCGAGAACUAGAGAAGCAGGUGACGGCGAGCUCCCACCAAGGAGCUGGUCUACAGGAAGAGCUCCAGCGGCUCAAUAUGAGCUUCAGUGCAGCUCAGUCUGAGAACAAGGAGCUACAGACUCGACUCACCACAGAGAAUGAGGAGAGAGAACGAGCUCAGCAAGAGACCAACCAGCUCAGGAAACAACUGAUGGAGCUGGAUGGAGGGCUAGAGGCGGCCAGACAGGAGAUCCUACGACUGCGUACCCGAGGGGACGAGGAGGAGAUGCGAUGGAGGCAGCGCGAACAGGAGCUACUGGUGCGACUGGAAGAUGGAAGAGCUAAAGAGAGGAAACUAGAGGACCAGCGGCACAACCUGGAGGUUUGCCUAGCAGACGCCACACAGCAGAUAUCUGAGCUCAAGGCAAGACUCGGUGGAGCCGAAGGAAGGGUGCGAGCUUUAGACAGCAACUUGAUGCAACUGGAGGCAGCUAAGAAGGAAGUGGAGCAGAAGCUGAGCUCUGUGGGCUCGACGCUGCGUCGUAUUGCUGGCAUACAGCUUGACGGCUCAGUCAGUCUUCCAUUCAAACUCACAAGUCCUUCACGACGGUGGAGUCCGGUCCGUUGUAAAUCAGCCUCUGGAGACCACCACAGUGACAGUGCGAGAGGAGACCCGAUCAUUGACGUGGACCCUGAGGUCGUCAGGAAAGGAGUUCGUAACCUGAUGCAUCAAGUUGCUCAGAUCGAACGGGAAAGGGAUGACCUGAAGGCAACGGUUGCUGGGAUGAAGAAGCAGUUGCAAGAAGCACAGGAGGCUCAAGGCAAACAGGAUAACAAACUGACAGCAGCUCUGGCCAGCCUGAGACAGCUGCAAGAGGAGAAGAAUGAGAUGGAAACAAGACUGGGACAGAAACAGGCCUCACUGCAGGCUCAGAGCGAAGCUCUCCAGCAGAAGACGGAAGAAGCUCAACAUCUACGGGAGAAGGUUAUGAGUCUGGAAUUGAGUGUUAGCGGAGGCUCGGAGGAGAAGGCUCAGUGUGAAGAGAAACUAGAGAAGAUGCGACAGUCGCUAGCUAGGCUGGAGGGAGAGAAGCGGUCUCUGCAGGAGGAGCUGGGCAGAGUGGAGGCUAGGGCUACCAAGCUAGAGCUGCAGAGGAUGAGUCUGGAUGGAGACUUGCAGAGACUCCAGAUGGUGCUGCAGGAGAAGGACGCUCAUGUCAAGAAACUGUCAGACAAGGCAGAGACUCAGGCUCGUAACCUGACCGCGCUGGAGGAACGCUGCGGCUCUCUGAAGGCGACCAUUGACCAGCUGAACAUGUCACUGGAGCGAGCCUCAGCCACUGAGACUGAGCUGAGACUGGAGAUACAGAGUCUGCAAAGGACACUACAGGAUACCAGUCAGACCUCUCACACCAGCACAGAGAAACUCAAACAGCUGCAGAAGUCGCUGACCAACAGUGAGAAUGAGCGUAGAGUUAUGGCCGAGCGGCUAGACGCGGCGCAGCAAGCGCUUCAAGAGCUUCGUAGAGCACACCAACACCUCACCGACACCCACGCCAGGACCAAUCAGGAGCUCACCAACUGUGAGGUACAGAGAGCAGGUCUGGAGUCUCAACUGAGAUUGGCCAACUGGCCAUCAGAGUCCGGAGGUGAGGACAGUGAACUGCAUCGUCUGCAGAAGGAGCGGAGUGAGCUCAGGAUUAAAGUGGAAGCCUUGCAUGACAAGGUCCGUCACUUGGAGAAUGAGAAGCGCAGUAUGGAGCGCAAGAUGCAGUCGCGCAGCAAGAGUUUUGAGAGAGCAGACAAGUCUUCCCAUGACACUCUGUGUAGCGGACGGGAUACUAACCAGCUGGAUCUGGAGAACAGGGAGUUGAAGCACAAGGUACGGAGGUUAGAGGCUUUGCUGGAGGAGAAAGAGGCGGAGCUGUCAAGACUCAAAGGAUCCAUGGAACAUCAUUCCUCUAGGUCGACGUUAGAUCGGAGUGGAGAGUUAGAGAAGUACCGUGCAGGUCAGCUGCAAGCGGAGAGGCUACUGGAGGCGAGGGAACAAUCACACAGACAGCAGGUUCAGCGGCUGGAGAGUCAGAUCCAGUUGUUAAGGGAGCAGCUGAACCAGGAGGUGAAACGCAGACAGAUGUAUGUGCUGCGCAGCUCGCGCAUGGGACGCGAGGCGCAGCAGCUGCGACAAGUGUUGGGUGAUUCGUUGUCUCGUGUGUCGCAAGAUCCCUCGCUAGACGCAGGCCUGUUGGAACACGAGGCUCGAAAACUGGAUACCUCGAUGACUCCGCUAGCUCUCCCCCCUCCCCGACCACACACACCCCAUACACCACACUAGGGGAGUGUGGGUAGAAUGUUGAGGUAAACGGUUCACUCAGGCUCCUAAAUUUGGGGCCGUAAACGGGUUACCACUGAUGAGAGAAGCCUAAGUUGGCUUAAUGAGUGGUAACUGAAUCAGUUUUUUGAUGAUCUCCAAGUAUUGGAGGUUGA